AUGGCUUCCCGCCGGUCAAGGUCGCUAUCAACCCCGUCCGAGGGUGAGAUAGUCGAGUCGGGAUCAGAGACGAAGGCAACUACGUCGCAGACUUCCAUGAAUGACACGAAUGUUAACCGUCGCUCCAGACUGAGUCCAUCGUUUUCUCCCAGAUCACCUGCAUCGGGUGCUGCGAGGUCGCCACCAUCACGGCGUCGAUCUCGAUCUCGAUCUCGGACGCGUUCCCCUUAUCGACGCGGCGGGAAACGUCGACGAUAUGAUGACUAUGAUGAUUAUGAUAACUAUCGACAUGGCUCCUCUUCUUCCUACCGAUACGAGUCGCGGUCUGAGCAUGACCGUAGAUACGACUCGCGCCGUCAAAGAACGUAUCAUGACUACGACCGAGACGAUAGCUACAAUGGCGGGCUCCGGUAUAUGGAUGACUACGAUCGACGCGACAAGCGACAAAAGACGCGCAGUCGGUCGCCAUUCAGAGACGUAAGAAAGCCAAAAAAGUACGAUGAUGCUGAUGACAUUGGGGAACCGCGCAAAGUGGCAUUUAGAAACCAGUCAGUGAGCGAACGGGGUGUUUCCCCUGUUGUCGCUCAAGAUGUUAAACCACAUACUGAACCAGGGCGUCAGGUUGAGUCUAGCACAGAGGUUUCUACUGGUCUGAAUGGGUCAAGUCCAGAUCUUACCGAAGCCCCCGAAGAGAUUCUAGACGAAGCAGCACGGCUCGAAGCCCGGCGCAAACGGCGUGAAGCUAUCAAAGCCAAGUACCGAGGCCAGGAUGCACUGCGCAUCCAAGCGUUGCAUCAAGGAGCUGAUCCGGAUCUUACCCCCGUCACACCAAUGAGUGCAGCUGAAUCGCCCAAAUCUCCCGCCUUGGAAGUUUCUACCGAAACCCCUGAAAGUGAAUUUACAGUUGCCAAGGAUGAAGAUCUUGCUAAUGGUACCCAGCCUAUGGAAGGCGUUGAAAAAGACGAACCAUCUGCAGCAGACUACGACCCCACUCAAGACAUGCGAGAAGAGCGGCAGAGACAUGAUCAGCAAUUCAGUGAGGAUGUAUCAUCAGCUGCGUACGAUGAAACAAAAACUACUAAACAAGACGUACUCAUCCCCGAACCGCAACCAGAGGCUCCCGCUAAAGACCCAUACGAUAUGUUUGCUGAAGAUGAUGACGACAUGUUCGCUCCGGAGCCCGAGGAACAACCUGAGCACGCAAGCGCCAAGGCUGUUCCCAAAGCAAAAGAGCUUGAUAUGACUAUGUUAGACAAUUGGGACGAUCCUGAGGGCUAUUAUAAUGUGAGACUGGGUGAGUUGAUUAAUGGGCGUUAUCAUGUUCACCAAAACCUUGGCAAAGGAAUGUUUUCCUCUGUCGUACGCGCCACCGACUCGAAAACAGACAAAUAUGUGGCUAUCAAAAUAAUCCGAAACAACGACACGAUGCGAAAAGCCGGGAUGAAGGAGAUUCAAAUUCUUGAACAGUUACUCGAGGCAGACCCAGACGACAAGAAGCAUGUCAUCCGAUUUGAGCGGUAUUUUGAUCACAAGGGACACCUUUGCAUGGUCUUUGAGAAUCUUAGCAUGAACUUACGAGAGGUGCUAAAGAAGUUCGGUCGCGAUGUCGGGCUGAACCUACGAGCCAUUCGUGCGUAUGCACAGCAAAUGUUUCUCGGCCUGAGUCUGCUCCGCAAGUGUAAUAUAUUGCAUGCAGACUUGAAGCCGGACAAUCUGUUAGUAAACGAGCAACGAAGUGUUUUGAAAAUUUGCGAUUUGGGAUCUGCAUCUUCUGCCUCUGAUAACGACAUUACGCCGUACCUGGUCAGUCGAUUCUAUCGUGCUCCUGAAAUCAUUCUCGGGGUCCCAUACGACUAUGCGAUCGAUAUUUGGUCAAUUGGCUGCACGUUGUACGAACUAUACACUGGCAAAAUCUUGUUCACAGGUCGCAACAACAAUCAAAUGUUAAGAUCUAUCAUGGAAUGCCGCGGCAAAUUUCCGCCGAAAUUCCUGCGCAAGGGUGCUCUGACAGGUGCUCAUUUCGACGACAUGCUCAAUUUCCACAGUACAGAAGAGGACAAACUCACGGGAAGAGUCGUGACAAAGGUGCUCGAUUUCAAGAAACCGACGAGAGAUCUCAAAUCACGAUUAAUGGGAACUGGCAGCGGUGGCAAGGGCUCAAAAGGGAUGACGGAAAGUGAGACGAAGGAGCUGGCGCAGUUUGUGGAUUUGCUAGAUCGGUGCUUGAGUGUGAAUCCGGAAAAGAGGUGUACUCCGGUGGAAGCGUUGAAGCAUCCUUUUAUUUCGAGGAAAUAG